AUGGUACUUUCAGAAGAUUGGUCGCCAUGGACAGUAUGCACGGAUGAGUGCGGCGGAUGCGGCGUACAAAAUCGCUCAACAUCAUUGCCGAACAGUACUCACGUGGUGCACGUGCGUCACUGCAAUAUGGCGCCGUGCGAUGAAGAGGAACCAUGCUGUAAACCGUUUGUUCUCAAGAAUGGCAAAUGCGCAGCGCAAAAACAAGCUCAACAGACCUCGUCUGCAUUCAGUACCGCUCAGAACGAUACUGAUGGCUUAGCGUUCGCGUGGAAUGGCACAGGGCCAGUACCAUCAAAAUUUAAUGAAAACCUCAACGAUACCAGCGACCCUGAUUUAGCCAUUCUUCUUGGAGUCAAUGGAAACGGUACUACUGAUCAGCUUGGCUCGACUUCGAAUGGCACUGCAGUCGCUGGCAUAGGAGAUGUUGGUAUCGACGACGAAGGAAGCAGCGAGGAAAUCCAAGCCAGGCUGCAAGCCGGCAGCGUCCAAGUUGUCCAAGAGAGCAUCGAAGUGGACAUCCUGCAUGAUCCGCGGCGAAGAAAAGGAAAGCGAAGACGCGGUGGAAGACGUGGCUACAGACGACGACAGCGAAAGGGACAACGCGAUGCAGUUGGGAAGCCAGUGGACAAACAGAGGGACACAGAAAUUGGUAAGCCGAAGAAGGAAUUCGAUCCCCAGGUCUUUUAUCCCGACUAUUAUGAGUACUACUACUAUUACUAUUACUGA